CACCUUUUGUUUUCAAGUCGACGCGUAUCGUUCAGCGUGUAUUCACCGAAUGAUCUAUAGAAGGACAAUUGCCAAGGCUUUGUGAUAGCGUUUUAUAAACAUUUUACACUCGGCUAAGAUAUAAGUUACUUGUACUUCGCCAGAAUUCUGUUUGCGCGGCAAUCGGUAGGUGAGAUUGGAUGAAAUAUCGUUGUGCGCCAAGCUAAACACGCUCAAGAGAAAAGGCAAGCAUAUUCGGCCGAAAAAUGGCAUUCACUAGGAGAGCCUCUCACGCUGGUAGUUGGUACGCGGACAAUGGUUCAGAAUUGCGUAAGCAAUUAGAGGAUUGGCUGAGCGUAGCAGACUUAUCCCAUGGACCUGCGAGAGCAAUCAUUGCCCCGCAUGCAGGGUACAGUUAUUGCGGGGAAUGUGCUGGUUUUGCUUACCGGCAGAUUAGUCCCGUAGUUGUCCGUAGGAUAUUUAUUCUAGGCCCCUCGCAUCAUGUGAGAUUAACAAGUUGUGCCCUUUCUUCGGUUUCCGUUUACCAAACGCCACUAUAUGAUCUACGUAUUGAUCAAAAAGUGAGAAAAGAACUCGAGGAGACCGGUCACUUUGAUUGGAUGGAUGUGAACACGGAUGAGGAAGAGCACAGCAUCGAAAUGCAGUUGCCAUUUAUCGCCAAAGUUAUGGAAGAAUUUAAGGACUCAUUUACUAUAAUCCCAAUUUUGGUGGGUUCCUUGAGCCCGGAGAAAGAAGCACUUUAUGGGAGAUUAUUAGCGCCCUAUAUGGCCGAUCCGCAAACAUUAUUUGUCAUCUCUUCGGACUUCUGCCAUUGGGGACAACGUUUCCGUUAUAUUUACUACGAUAGAUCGUGUGGACCCAUUCACAGAUCUAUUCAGAAUCUCGAUAAAAUGGGUAUGAACAUUAUAGAGACUUUGAAUCCUGCGAUGUUCACCGAUUAUCUUAAAAAGUAUGGUAAUACUAUAUGCGGUCGGCAUCCGAUUGGCAUUUUGCUGCAGCUAAUUAAUUGUCUCAAGGGACGUACAAACGGCCACAGGAUGAAUCUAAAGUUCUUGAAAUAUGCUCAAAGUAGUCAAUGUAACAAUAUGAAUGACAGUUCUGUCAGUUACGCUAGUGCUUCCCUGGUUGUCGAGUGAUAAAGACAUACAAAAAUUGAGUACGCUUAUACAUUGACAUCUGAAUAUAAACACUUUAUCGAAGUGGAAUGGCGUUCAACGAAGCAUGGCAGUAACACUCUAUCGAUUAUUAAAGCGGAUUAAGCGGGAUAUCAAGAUUUUUUGUAAGAUGCGGAAAGAAGAAUGGCACUGAAUUAUAACUGCUGUAACUUCUCUAACGUUAUAUUAUUUACGUUAUGUAGCAAUUUACACAACGGGUGUCGGGGUAAGCGUUACUUUUUUGUGUUACAUGUAACAAAUUGGAAAAUGUACCGUUACCGAAACUUUUUUGUAUAAAUGCAUUUCGGUUUAUUACUUACAAGAGAUAUUCAGUACUUCCAGAUUUCGAUAUGGGAAGGAGCUUAAAUAUUUCUUUGCUUUGGUUAAUGGUACAUCUGUGUAGGUUAGUGCAAAGUGUAUGUCACGCGCACCCGGAGAGCAGAGUUCAAACUAUUGGCAGAGAAGAGAAUAUUGUUAUCGCUUAUAUAAAAACAAGACUAAUUAGGACUAAUUGCAUAUACAUGUAAAUAAAUUUUGUUACUAUUAAAUUUUAGCUUGAAUUUUGUUACUUUUAUACUAAUUCACAUUAGCAUAAUUAAUACAGUUAAAUGUUAUUAAGUUGAUUAUAUAGAUUAAUUUAGACUGUGAUUAUACAAAAUGUUACAAAUGUUAUAAAAGAUGGCAUUCAAUAUUAAACUGCAAUGUACUGAAUAAUAUUUAAAUAUUUUGUUACAUUUUGAAAAUGUAAUUUAGAGUAGAACUCUAAAUGUGAAUGCACAUGCUUUUCUUGAAUUGAAGUUUAAUAUAUCGCAAGUGGAGCUUGCGUAUUUUAUUUUAUUACUUCAUUGCAAUUUCUUAAAUUACAUCGAAUGCAUUAAUGGGCCAAUAAACGUUUUUAAAGUUUCUUCUGUGCCUUUAGUAUGAAUCUGCAUCGAAUUAUAUCGUGAUUGAUACAUCAAUACGAGAGUUAGGACUUAAAAUAUAUAUUUAUAUUCUUUUUUUCUUUUCAUACAAAGCAAUGGAAUGAUCUCAUAUCCUUCCUAUCCUAUAAUCUAUUGUUACCUAAGCAUAGGAAACUAAACCGAAUAAUUCGAAUAUUGUAUUAUUAUAUAGUGUAAGUCUGAAAAAUGGGGUCAGUAUAUAUAUAUAUAUAUAUACAUACAUACAUAUAUAUAUAUAUAUAUAUAUAUAUAUAUAUAUAUAUAUGUAUGUAUAUAUGAUUGAAAUGUAUACAAUGAGUCUACAAAUUUUUAAGAACGUGUUUAUUUUUUCUGUACACUACUUAAAAACACUCUUCUCUGCAUACCUCAAACAUCUAUUAUUUCUUGAGAUCUGGUAAAAAUGAAGUUCUUACUAAGAACAAAAAAAUACGAAUGAUGGUAAAAAAUGAAUGGUGUGCAACAAGCAGUUUGCAUUUACAGUGAAAUAAUCCGUGAUUUUCAUUUCCCAAAAAGAAAGAAACGGAAAAGAUCGUAUGGAAUUGUACACUGAUCCUGCACAUAUUGCUUUUUCUAUCUUUAUAUAUUCCGAGAUAAUAAGGUUUAUAUUUAUAUGAAAAGAAUCGUAGAAUAAUCCAUACCUACAUUGUUUCAUAAUACAUAGACGUGUAAUAAAAUUACAUCACGUAAAAAUA